AUGAUUCUGUCCACGGUGAAACAUAAAGCGAAGCUGUGUCACGUCCUGGGAACCCUGCUCAAACGAUCGGCGGACGAAUGGGAUCUCGACGAAGAGGACGAUGUAGUGAACUCGUCCGCGUCUCGGAGACUGAUCCUCCGGAGGAUCGCCUCACCUUCGAGGUAUCGCAUUCAGUCUCCGCAGCCGCAACCGCAACAACACCACCAGCGACGACACAGUCCGCGACCGCAAUCACGGGACAUAAAAGCACAGGACGGUCAAGAAUCAUCGCCUCCGCGAAAGGAAGUUGUUCUGCAGUCUUCGACGGAAGAGGACUGUAGCGAAUUCCAUCUGGAACCAUGUUUUCUCGGCGCACCGCUGGCCUUACCGUCGGCACAUCAUCCUCCAUCUCACGUACCCCUGAGCCAAAGGGUACCGCGUCAUAUCGCGCCCGGGCACGCUCAAAGAAUUCUCUGCUACCUCGACCAACGCUCGCCAGCCCACCAUCAAUGGAGAAGCUGUGAUUUGGAUUGUGAUACCCACGACCAGUGGCUGAACGAGGACCAACUCCAUCGAUUGAAGGAACAGCUGCAUUUCGAACAGCUGUACCGAGAGAGGGAGGUUCGCGAACGUUCCGUCCGGUCUCAUCAUCGACACCAACGCAGAGCAGCUUGUACGCAACAUAAUCAAACUAGCGAACGAGAACGUGAGAGGCUCUUCGGUGGUCAGCAGGUGCCCGCAGAACAGCUGCAUGAGGGCCGAACGGAGCGACAUCAGCACCUGCACCAGACCAAUCCGGCUAAUCCGUCGCAGGCUCACGUUCACCAUCGACACCGGUUUGAUCUGAGUUAUGGUCGCGAGACGUGCUACGAUCCCCGUCAUAGCCAGCAACACUCGUCUGAAUUCAACACUCACAACUCGCGCGUAGCGAUGAGGUCAAGUGAGUUCGAAUCAGCGCCUAUCGAGAGUACAAAACCACAUCUGGACUCGGCAUCAAUUCAGACUCAGAGCCUACAGCAGUUGGGCCCAGCGGGGUCCAGACGCCACUCGCGCCGCCUCACGCGAAACUUCUCGAUUCAGCCUGAAGUUGAAUCGAGCUGCGUGUUUCAACGUCACGCCCACCCGCCAGAGCUCCUCGUUCUCAGUGGCCAGGGUCACUUCGCCCACUCGGGCCAAGGAGGAAUCGUCGUUGGCCACACAACAAGCGCAUCGACAACGAAUGUGAACAGCCCGUCGGCCGCACCGCAACGAAGGAGACUGAAAACACGCUCGACGAGCGUCGAUAUCUACUCUGCAUCUCCGAGACCCUCAGUAGCUGCAAUUUAUGCUCAUCAACCAAGUCAAUAUGCAACGCCUUGUGGAACUUGUGAUGAAGCGUGUCUCUCGGGGGACGAAGUGAGUGUAAUGAGUGGUUCGGCGUCAUCGAGCUGUUGGACAACAGGGGUGACUUCGAGCUGCGGAGCCGGAGGGAUAAACGCUCGAGCAUUACAAGAGAGAUCUCGUCAGAGACGAGUGAGUUCCACGUCGGCGACUCGCAAAUCCAUUUCGAACACGUUGAACAGCCCCGCGCUGUCGCCGUCGAGAACGGCGAAAUCAUCUGUGAGGUCCAGAGAUACUGGGUACAGUGAAGGCACGUGCCGUUCGAGUUCAUCCUCAAGUUCAAGUAGUGAUCACUCCAGCACUUCGGGAGCCUUGGCAUCUGUGUCGGAUGAUGACGAUAUCGUGCCCGAAAACGAGCACGUCUUCUCCGAGCAGCAAACGAACACGAAACUAUCGAAAAAGGUUGGCCGGACGAAAUCUUGUCCGGUAGCAACUAAUCGGCCCCAGCGCUUGCUCGCUGUAAAGGAUCAGGACCUGUUGCCAUCGCCUUUGCCCUUAGCGCGAAGCCGAGGGAACUUUGUGUGGCCCCCAACGAGUAUCAGUCCUCUCCCGCCCAUCCUACCAGAACUUCAAAGCGGACAACUUCCCCAUUCCCCCCGGAUUAGUCCCUGCACUGAACGAGAUUCGGCGAUUUCAGAGUGCAAAAGUCCACAAGUGACGGACCGAUCUCCGGUGUCUCCUUCCCUGAAACGAGCCCUUAGCAAUGACACCCGCUCGAAUAAGAGCAGCGAUGGAUGUUCCACUGGAGGAACUGCCUCUCCGUCAAAGAUAUUGUCAAACGAUUCCAGUAUAGAGAAAAAGUCCGACUCAGAAGAAGGCCAGCAGCAAGCAGUCAAAGGUCGAGAACGGAAGGCUUCAAAAACAUCCAACGGCGAAUCAGACCGGGAAGCGUCUAGAACGGAAAAGAGGCUUUCGUCCUCGACGCCCACGCUGGCGGUACAACAGUCUCUUGAUUGCGACUUCGGGGAUAAGCUACAUACCGCCAAACCCGAAAUCGAUGAGGGUGACUACGGAAUCGGACCUACCUACAAAAAGAUGAGCGAGGCAGAAUACCUCUCCCGACUGAGCAUCCAUGACGCCGCCAGAACGGGCGAUCUACAUGUCAUUAAACUCCUGAUACGUCGUGAUAAAAAAAGAUGGAGUGAAACUGUGGAUGAACGCGGUUGGACUCCACUACAUUUGGCGGCCGCCUACGGUCACACCGACAUCGUGAAGUUCCUGUGCAGUGAGGGAGCUCAUAUCCGAGCCCUCGAUCCGACAGGAUACACAUCGAUGCAUGUGGCGGCGAUGAAUGGCAACGACGCGUGUCUUCAAGUUCUACUUAAGAUGGGUGCUGAUGUAGACAAUGAAGCCAGUGACGGUUUCACGCCUCUCCAUCUCGCCACUCUCAACAACCAUGCUGAUUGCGUGAAAACGCUCUUAACAUGGGGCGCGAACAUGGGACGAGAGGACGCGCUCGGUAGAACCAUUCAAGAUAUGGUGGAGGAGUAUAAUCUCGAAGAGGUGGGGACCCUGUUGAAGAACAUCUGGACGCAGUUCGAGAAAUAUCGAAAAGCCGGCAAAGCCACCGGCAGUCGGAAGGGUCUCCGCAAGUUAAUCCAGCUGGCGGCUUCUAACGUUUCCUUAUCCAAAGACGAAAUUGUGUGA